GUUGACAGAAUUGGAGCGCACAGCAGGCGAGUCAGAUAGGUGAAGGAUCGGCUCUGAGCAGCUGAUCAAUUUCAGUCUCUCUUUACUGGUCGUCCUCAGAGCUCCGAGGAGUGUACUGGGCCAAAUUCGCAGCAGGAAACGGACGACCCAUCAACAUAACAGGAAAAAACAAGUGGCCGUCUGUGGUCUUGGCUGGCAUGUAGGGCAUCCUGCAGCAAAGGGAAAUUUGAGUUAACCAAGAGGCUGCAAGGCACUCCAAUAGCACUGCAAGUGCUAAUAUAUGAGAACAAUGCUGAUGUGCUUCAACUCCCUAGUGAUUCUUGCUGUCAUUGUAUUCUUUAUCCAAGUCUUCACUCUUGGACAACAGAAGGAAUUCAGGAGUAGGUCCAUAUGGUCAUGGGAAUGCAAAGGAGAACCAGGUCAAGAGCAGUGCACAAAACUGGAAUCCAGUUCAGAGUCAUCUCAGACCCUUGAAACAUGCAAGCUCACCUGUGGAAGAUAUGGAGUUCUUUGGCCAAGACCCAGAGGCCAUGUUACUCUGUCUAGCAAGACUGUACCAAUCCAUCUGAAGAGCAUCAACAAAACCAAUGAAUCAUAUGAUCUACUGUUGGAAAGAAAGGAUGAUCUCAAUGUGAGAGCACACAUGAAGGCUACAACAUUGUAUGGCAUCAGGCAUGCCUUUGAGACACUGUUGCAGCUUAUAGCCGUAGAUGAAAUUCAUGACUGCCUUCAAAUUUUGGAAUCUGCCAAAAUAGCUGACAGCCCUGCAUAUGUCCAUCGUGGUGUGUUAGUGGACACUAGUCGAAACUUCAUCAGUCUGAAAACCUUGAAGCUUGUGAUUGAUGGUCUGUCCUACAACAAAAUGAAUGUUCUUCACUGGCAUGUGACAGACUCCCAGAGUUUCCCUUUGCAGUUGCCACGAAUCCCAAAAUUGAGCCAAUAUGGUUCAUAUUCACCUAAUAUGGUGUAUAGCCCAGCUGAUGUGAAGGAGUUGGUGGAAUAUGCAAGAAGUCGUGGUGUUAGGAUCCUUCCUGAGCUGGAUACUCCAGCCCAUGUAGGUGAAGGAUGGCAGUGGGGCCCAGAUGCUGGAAUGGGUAACCUGGCUGUAUGUAUCGGGAAGGAACCAUGGCAGAAGUACUGCUAUCAGCCUCCGUGUGGUUUACUGAACCCUGUCAAUGAGAAUUUGUAUCCUGUGCUGAAAGACAUCUACACUGAUAUGCUGAAGAUGUUUGAGAGUGAUCUAUUCCAUAUGGGUGGAGAUGAGGUUCUCUUUCCUUGUUGGAAUGAAACAGAGGAGAUCAUUGAGUGGAUGCAGACCCAAGGAUAUGAAAAGGAAGAUUUCAUUCGAUUAUGGGCAGAAAAGUUUCAGAAAACUGCCUAUGACAAACUCACAGAAGCCAAUGCAGAUGUGAAAAUGCCUGUAAUCUUAUUCACUAGCAAGCUAACAGAAAAUGAAAGAGUUGAAAAUUACCUGCCCAAAGAAGACUAUAUUAUUCAGACAUGGGAGGACAGGGAUAACAUUGGCCGCUAUGCGCACCUCAUAUCAAAAGGCUACAGAAUGAUCUUCUCGAAUUAUGAUUCAUUAUAUUUGGAUUGUGGCUAUGGCCCAUGGGUUGGAGGAGAUGGUCAAAAUUGGUGUUCACCAUACAAGAGUUGGCAAAGAAUUUAUGACAAUGACAUUUUCAAGAUAGCCAUGAAUGUUACUAAUUUCACACUCCCAGAAGAAGCUGUCAGGAGUCAAGUCCUUGGGGGAGAAGCAUGCUUGUGGACUGAAACCGCAAGUGAGGGGAGCCUUUUGAGCAAAAUCUUCCCAAGAAGUGCAGCUCUAGCAGAACGUUUGUGGACAGACCCUUCUUCAAACUUCACUGAAGCUGAAGUGAGAUUGGUGCAUCAUACAACACGUAUGAUGCAACUGGGGAUUUCUGCUGAUGCCAUCCAACCCCUUUGGUGCUAUCAAAACCCUGGCCUCUGCUAUAUUUUCCCAUAAAAUUUAUUGAUAUUGAUGGCAUGUUUUGCCAUGAACCAUCUUUACUUUGAUGUGUGAUCAUGUUGUUUUAUAUUUUUUAACUAUAAUUAUUUUUCAUCGCUCAAUAAAUGUGCUGGAAGUACAUUCAAUAUUAUUUAAGC